AUGGGUCAAGAAGCUGGCAAACCUGCUUGGCCCAAACCAGCAGGAGGAUAUCAAACUGUCACAGGUAGAAGAUAUGGAAGAAGACAUGCCUAUGUCAGUUUUAGACCAUCUUUGAAUAGCCAAAUCAGAGAUGAACAUCAACACAAUGAAGCCAGCCAGCAAUUAGAAGUGGAGGAUGUUCAGAAUUCUUUAUGUAUGUCUGUGUCUUUGUGUUCCAGUCCAUUGGUUCAAGUUUCUUCUGGUGUAUUGGAUGACCCAUUGUUAGAAAAUACUGGAACAGGAGAACAUGUUUACCAAAAUGUAUUGAACCAAACUUUUGAAGCAAACAUGGUGCCAUUUUCUCUAUUCUCUUAUGGUCUGGAAGGCAACAAAAUCUCAGGGAACUUUAUGAAUCCUUAUGAAAAUUCAGAUGGCCUUGCAGAAUAUGCGUGUGGAGGGCGUAAUGAUUUGAAUGGUCAGAAUGCAAUUGCUUUUGUAAACAUUGACUCUUAUGAGCCAGAUAGCAGUGAUGGAGAGGAAGAUGAUGCUCAAGGCAGAUUUCCUUUGGCAAGAGAAGAAGCAGGUGUAUUUCAGGAAACACUAGAUAACAUGCUUUCUGAGUUAGAAAAAGGUGUAGAGUCUUUUACUGACUUAGAGUCCCGAUGGUCCACUCUCAACCACAGUGUUUCUAGAGAAUGUUGUGAAGAAGUAGGACCAAUACCUUUAAUGAGAUAUUUUAGCAUCGAUUCAGACUUGACACAUCCAAACAACAGGACAUUUAAAUUUUCUGCUGAAGAUCAAGCUAUAUCAAAAAGCAACUUCAGGGAUGCCAGUUGUGAAACACAGCAAGUAAAGGUAGUGGAUGUUGGAGUUGGAACCUCUGUAGCAAUUGCUAAUGAAUUAAAUGUCAAUGAUGGAAAGACUGACCAAGGAAAUUCACCUGAGUUAGUAGUGAGACCUAAAAUAAGAAAACAAAAUACUGCAAACCAGUUGGAGAGAGAGAAGCUUCUCCCUAAUGAUGACGAAGAGGAAAGUGGUUCCUGGAGGAGAGGUGAAAUUGCUGAAGUCCAACAUGGCUGUUCUGAGUUUGCCUUGAGAAAUGGCAAAGAAGAGAUGAGUUCUAGUAUGUUCUUUGACUCAAGAGAAUACAAAGGUCAUUGCAAGUACACAGAAGUAGACCUAAGUAAAAAUGCAGCAGCUCGAGAACAAAAAGAUGAGCUAGAUGACAGCACUUUCUGGGAUGAACUUGAAGACUGCAGGAGAUCCUUCUCAGUGUCUUGCAAAGAUGAAGACAGCUCAGAAUGCAGUGAUGGGGAAUGGUCUACAGCUGUGCCUGCCUAUUUUAUUCCUAGAGAAAAAGACCAAGCCUCAAGUGAUGAGAGCUGGGAGACUGUUCCAGGCAGGGAGGAACAUGAGCCUGAAGUGCAGAGCAGCAGCAGUGGUGUAGAAGAGGACACAGACUUCUGUUUCCAAGGAGGGGAACAGACAUUACUGGAGGAAGGAGAGAUUCCUUGGUUACAGUACCAGGAAGAAGUAGAAAGUAGCAGUGAUGAAGAUGAUCCAGUUAGUGAUUUCAUGCAUCCUGGAUUCUUCCUGUUGGAUGGAAAUAACAACCUUGAGGAUGACUCCAGUGUGAGUGAAGACCUGGAUGUGGAAUGGAGACUACUUGAUGAGUUUGGUGAUGGCCUGGGACUUGCUCAAGUCAUUCCAUAUGUGGAUCCCCAUUUUUUCACAUUUAUGGCACUAGAGGGGCACUUACAACAAGCUAUGGAGACUGCUCUGGCACAUUUGGAGUCUUUUGGAUUUGAUGUUGAACAGGCUUAUCCACCAGCUACUAAAGAAACCAUAGAUAGCCUGCCACAGAUUAUCAUCACAGAUGACCACAAUGGUCAAGACCAGUGUUGUACUAUCUGUUGCAGUGACUAUGUGAAAGAUGAAAUCAUAACACAGCUACCCUGUCGUCAUUUGUUUCACAAACCUUGUGUAACUCUUUGGUUACAGAAAUCGGGAACAUGCCCAAUUUGUCGUCAUGUGCUUGCACCCAUGCUUCCUGAAGCAGCUGCUGCCACUGUUUCCUUUCUGUAUGAUUAUGAUUCAGCAUCUUCAAACUAG